AUGACCCCAGUCCACUUCGACCACGUCCUCAUCCAACUUUCCACCCCAGACUUCGAGUCUCCCCCAUCAUGGCUGACGGAGAAUUUCACCAUUAUCGAGGGGGGGACUCACACGGGCAACCGCACUCAAAACAAACUAAUCAUCCUCCCUGACAACACCUACAUCGAACUUCUAAACAUCAUCCGUCCCCAAGAUGACUUCCAUGGCUACCCCGGCGACUUCGCCCUGACGACGAUAUCACCGUUCAGUGCAAAUGACAACUACCGACGAUUAACGGGGGCACUGGCCCAUCCUCCGGGAGACGGCGGACUAGGCGUUACGUAUACGCCGCCGCAAGCGGGCGGACGAACGACCCCGCGAGGGGAGGAGAUCCGUUGGGAAUUGGUGAGACCGUCAUAUUCGAAUACGGACAGUAUCCUGGAGGGGACAGCAAAAAGACCAACGGAUACUCCGUUUUUCUGCCACGAUGUGACGGAUCGAGGGCUGCGGGUACCGAUGGACCCAACGGGGAGGAAGCAUUCCUCUGGGGCGUCUGGGCUGGAAGCUAUAGAGGUGCUGGUGCCAAGGGAGAAGGUCCAGGCGUAUAUGGAUCUGUAUACCUCGGUUUUGGGGGUGGCAGGCCGUCGUCGGUCGGGGACUGGGGAUGAGGUGGAGUUUCCGCUCCGUGCCCCUGGGUCAUCAGAGUCGUCAGGAGUUGUUCGUCUUCGGGUGCCUCGGGGAACUGAAGAUGAGCGAUAUCUGAGGGAACGAGGUGUCGGAGUGUCUGCUCUGGUUAUCAAGUUGAAAGGAGAGGAGACCCCGCUGAAACUCCCCAUCGCAGCGCAUUACCUCCGAGGACCGUGA